AUUUGUCUCUCCUGAAAAUAAAAUUAGUGUUCAUCUCAUUACCACUACCAACAUGCUUCAGAUUUCAAUUCCCUUUUCAAAACAUGCAUGAAUGACUCAACACCCAAUAAAUCAAAAGAAAAAAUUGUUCUUAAAUUUUUGAAUGAUUGUUGGUUUCUGGUAGCUGUCUGUUUGUCUUCAUCAACAGAGGCCGUUGAACAGUUGAAGCCUCUCACUUUCUCAUUUUCUCACUCACUUUUGUGUUUAAUUUACUUCUCACCGUCACGAGGCAGGGAAUCUUCAAAGGCAUUAGAGGCAUUACUUUCUCUAUUUUUUCAAUUUCCCACCAAAAUAGAUCCUCACAUUCUCAUUUUACUUCUGUUUUUGUUAGUUUCUAUCUUUCUAGACACGGCCAAAUUCUCAUAUCUUCGUCAUUUCUUAAGCUUCUUGGCUUCAUUAGGAGCGAUUUGGCAUCAUCCUUUUCUCCGCCAAAUUCUCCACUCCCUUUGUUUUGCUUGUUAUCUUAAUGGGCCAUUCCUUUUUCUUCUUCUCCUUCUUGAUGUUUAUUCGAGUCUGAUUCACUCUUCCCAAGAUUCCUACUGAUUCAGAUAUCUUUCUUCCCUUUUGGAAAGAACUCCAUAUUCAGGCCUUUUUUAUGUUCCUUUGAAAAUUUCACUAUCUGGGUCUGAUUCUUUUUUUUAUUUUACUUUCUAUCUGGCAAAUUUGCAGGUGGGUUUUGACCAAAAAUGCCUCCCUUGUUUUUUCCUCUUCGGUGGGAGAGUACAGGGGAGCAAUGGUGGUACGCUACGCCGAUUGAUUGGGCGGCCGCCAAUGGGUUUUAUGACGUCGUUAGAGAACUUCUUCAUUUAGACACAAAUCUCUUAAUCAAACUCACAUCUCUCCGCCGUAUUCGCCGCCUUGAAACUGUGUGGGAUGAUGAUGCUCAGUUUCAAGAUGUAGCAAAAUGCCGUUCUUAUGUUGCUAAAAAACUCCUCCUCGAAGGGGAAUUGAAAGGGGGUAAAAACUCUCUCAUUCGUGCUGGCUAUGGCGGUUGGCUUUUGUACACAGCUGCUUCAGCAGGGGAUUUAGAUUUUGUUAUGGAAUUACUGGAGAAAGACCCUCUUCUGGUUUUUGGAGAAGGAGAGUAUGGAGUUACUGACAUUUUAUAUGCUGCAGCUAGGAGUAAGAACUGUGAGGUCUUUAGGCUUUUGCUUGAUUUUGGUCUUUCUUUAAGGUGUUGGCCAAGCAGUGGAGAGGGGGCAAUGGAGGAAGCAUUGGAUGAAAGUAAGAUGGAAAUGCCUUUGGCCUUCAGAUGGGAAAUGAUCAACAGGGCUAUUCAUUGUGCUGCUAGAGGAGGUAAUUUGGUGAUGAUGAGAGAGUUAAUUGGGGAAUGUCCUGAUGUUCUGAUUUACAGGGAUUCUCAAGGAUCGACCAUUCUUCAUACAGCUGCUGGAAGAGGACAGAUUGAGAUAGUGAAGAAUCUUGUUGCUUCCUUUGAUAUCAUCUCAAACACUGAUGGCCAAGGAAACACCUCAUUGCAUGUGGCUGCAUACAGAGGUCACUUAGCUGUGGUGGAGUUUCUGAUCCAUGAAUGCCCUUCCCUAACAUCUAUGUCAAACUACUAUGGAGACACUUUUCUUCAUUUGGCUGUGGCUGGUUUCAAAACCCCUGGCUUUAGAAGAUUAGAUAGGCAGAUUGAUCUCAUGGAGCGUCUGUUACACGGCAAUUUGUUGAAUGUACAAGAGAUCAUCAACCUCAGGAACAAUGAUGGAAAAACUGCGCUUCAUGUGGCGGUGACAGAGAAUGUUCAGUGUGACCUUGUAGAGCAGCUUAUGUCUGUGCCAUCAAUAAACUUGAACGUUACUGAUGAGGAUGGCUUGACCCCACUUGAACUACUCAAACAACAGCCACGAUCGCCGUCAUUAGAUAUUCUUAUUAAGCGAUUCAUUUCGGCUGGUGGGAUCUCGAAUCAUAGUGAUUAUACGGCAACAAACGCUUCCUUUUCCCAUUUGAAAAUGCAGGGCAUUGGAAGCAGUCCUGGAACUUCUUUCAGAAUUCCAGAUGCAGAGAUAUUCUUGUACACGGGUAUUGAAAAUGUGUCUGAUGUUACUCGUGGUCAAGUAGACGAGGACAUCGAUUUACGCUCGGACGACAAUGGCGAGUGUGAUUCAGUGGAUUCAUCAGACAAGAAGUCAAUCUCUGUAAAUCAUACAGUGAAACGCCUGAAGUUCUUCCUACACUGGUCUAAGAGUAAAGAGAAAAGGCCAACCAGAACAGACUGGAUAGAUGAUUAUUGUUCUGGGCAGUUUGAUAUAUCAAGAACUCCACAACCCAAACCAGUUUCACUUAGACAUCAAUAUUCAAACAUUUCAUGCCUUCCAAGUCCACACAACAGAAGAACACUUCCAGUUCCAGUCAUGAACAUUCCUCCAAGCCCAUCAACCAAGAAAAGGUUUGCUGCUGGAUUAAUGCACGGCGUAAUUCAAGCAACGCCAAAGUUAGCAAAUCCAGCCCGAUCGCCUUCGAGCCCCUUUUCGGGGUCACCCAUGUCUUCUCCAAUGUCAAUGCAGGAUUACCAAGAAAUAACUGGCAUUGGUGGAGUCUCUUGCUCCAACAGGAAAGUGCCAAUCACAAAAUUCAGACAAGAUUCCUUCAACCGAAAGAUGUUGAUGAACCAGUACUUCUGUUUCGGCGCACAAGGUCUUGCAGUCGAAGAUCCUAGCAGCUGCAAGAGGGCAAGUCAGAAGAAUAAAUCCUUUGGUUCUCUAGUAGCUUGAUGUUAACUGAAUGUACAUAGAAAUUGCAUCAAUAAGCAAAACACAAAAGGGUAAGUUUUUUCUGAUUCUGGGUAUUGAUUGUAUUACUCAAUUCAUUCAACUAAACUUAUAAGUCUUUUAAGUGUUUUGCUUCA